UAUAAUGAAACUCCACUCCUCUUUGUACAAUCCAUCUGCACAUUUCUGAAGGGCCAACUUUCUUGCAAAUUUUGCAGAGAAAGUGGUUCUGAUUUUGUGCACCUGUUUUUCCUAGGGAGGAGGUUUGUUGGCAUCUCUCCUGUAUGUUUUAAGAGUAAAUCCGGUUGGAGGAACGAUGGGAUACGUCAUAAGAAACAGUCUUCCAGAAAAUUUCAGAUGUCGAAUUUAAUGGGAUAUGGCCAAUUUGGGUUAUCCCAACUACCAAACGAUAGGAAAGGCCAGCCAGAUUUAAAUCAAGAUAUUAAUUUGUUAGGAAAGAAAAGUAAAAUGGGAUUUUUUGGAGGAGAAGACAAAGAUAUGAAUGACCCAGCAAGUAUAUAUUUUCCAGCACACAGAUCUGAAAAAGAUGUAUUAUCAUCACAGUUUGGUGUUGGUGGUUUUGGCCAAAGUAUGCAAAAUCUUCCACGAGGAAUGCCCACACCGCAACCACAGUUCCCUCCAAGGAGUUUAUCGAGUCACCAUGGUAACCUUCCAGGUCACGUAACACCUACAAGUGCAUCGUUAUCAUCAGGAAUGCAGCAAAUGAAUCCCGGAUCACCUAGCAGGGGAAUCUUAUCUGUAGGUCAUAGGGGUCUGAGUAGUCCAAGUCGAACGUCACCAAGCUUACUAGCAAUGCAUCAGAAACAACAACAGCAGCAGCAUCAACAACAACAGCAGCAACAGCAACAACAAAGGGCAAUUGGGACGAUAUCUGGGACUUAUCAAGAUAGGACGACACCUACGAGCAUGAACAGUUUUGGUAUCUCACGGCAACUCAUCUUAGCACAACAGAACAACCUCCUCGGCAAUAUUAACAAUCAAAAUUUAACAAACAGUUACAACAACGUAACAAAUAAGGCACAAAAUUGGUUGCAGUUUAACAGUAAUACCAGGAGCAAAGAUCAGAGUUCAAGGUUCCCAUUUGAUCAUUGGUCAAGCGACUCAUCACCUUCAUUAGACUUGAGCGACUUCCCCGCACUUGCAAAUAGAGGGCGACAGAAUGAUCUGAGUGCCUUCCAGUUACCAAAUCCAAUGGCAGGAAGACCGCAGUAUGUUGGCAUGGUGAACAAAACAGCAGAGCCAACACCUGAAUUUCAAAUCCAGAAUGAGGAUUUCCCAGCAUUACCAGGUUCAAACAAUAAGCAAGGGUCGGAACAGCAAAACAAUAACAGUAUGGAUAGCCCCAGGUUUCCAGGCGAUAACACAUCAAAACAAACUAACAAUGUCAAGAAAGGUGUUCAAAUACAUCCUGAUGGCAAGAUAACCAACAUUCCUGCUGGUAUGGUCACAGAUCCAUUCGGUAUGGUUGGACUGUUAACAUUUAUCCGAGCUGCUGAAACCGAUGCUAACCUUGUCCAACUUGCUCUGGGAAGUGAUUUAACUACAUUAGGUCUCAAUUUAAACUCACCGGAAAAUUUGUAUGGUACGUUCCAGUCACCGUGGGCUGAUGGUCCAUGCCGGCCACAAGACAUUGACUUUCACGUUCCAUCAGAGUACUUGACUAAUCUCCAUAUUAAAGAUAAGUUGGCCCCAAUCAAGCUAAGUAGAUAUGGAGAGGAUCUUUUAUUCUAUUUGUACUACACGCAUGGGGGUGAGGUUCUUCAACUAGCAGCAGCAGCUGAAUUAUACAAUCGUGAUUGGAGGUACCACAAGGAUGAGCGAGUGUGGAUCACAAGAGGACCUGGAAUGGAGCCGUCUGUGAAAACGAACUCCUACGAAAUGGGAAUGUACUACUACUUUGAUUGUCACCGAUGGUGUAAGGUUCCUAAGGAAUUUCACCUGGACUAUGAUAAGCUAGAAGAGCGCCCUCACUUGCCAGCGUCCUUCCAUCAUAACGUUUCAACCAAUCAGGUUGUGCACUAGUAGUGUCCCACUUACGGAAAAUAUGUCAUUUUAAACCAUUGAUCAAAAUAUAACCAUAAUGCUUGUUUUCAUCAAUAUUGUUUAGCGGUGCGAAGGGUCCUCGUUUAAUUUUUCUAUCUGCUCUUAUAUUAAACUUUUUUUUCUCUUAGUCAAAUUAAGUUUACAAUUUGUAGACAAAUUGUAAUUGCAAAUUUUACUCAAAGAUUUCACAAAAUUACCAUUAAUUAUAAUUAUUGAUAUUUGAAUAAUUUUAUUAUUCGAUUUGAUUAAUAGAUAUAAAAAAAAUUCCAGUUGAAGGGACAUAGAAAUUUAAACAUGAGGAAAAAGCCACCAAAACAAACUAUUUUCUCAAUUCAGGUGAUUCAUACAAUUUCGUUUCCACUAUUGGUGGAUUUUAAUCCUUUCUUAGAAACUAAAAUCUAAUAUAAGAAAGCAGAUAUUUUGACUCCAAACCCAUCUUUCACUGCUAUUUAUUUUUAAAAGUCUCUUUUAGUCCCAGUUAGCAGAAGAUGAUGAUGAAGAAAUUGUUUUUGGAGACUCAAGAGGUAUAAAGCAUUUAUGCAGUGUACCCCGAUGCCUGCACCCUGCAUAGCUGCUGCGUGAAAUAAAAAACUUAAGAAUUCUAUUUAUUGUUUAUUGAUAAUCAAUUGACCAAACCCUUAAUGAGGUCGUGAGCAGUAUAACGUGGAAUGUUUAUCGGUAUUGUAGUAACACUAGGUGGCGCUAGUCAUUUAUCACUGACUAUGCAGCACUACAUUAUUAUACGAGCUCCAUCUAAUGCGCAAUUACCGAGUAGUACUGCACAAAAUAAACAUGCUGGUGACGUCAUUAAAGCGAUGGUUAAAUUGCAUUAAUCAUCUCACAAGGGCGCUGCAAAAGGACUUACUUGUUUUGAUUUGUCCUGGUUAUUGUUAUUAUUAUACUUUAUUUUUUUUAUUGUUAUUGAUAGUUUGAUAAACUUGUAAAUAGGCCUCUAAACUAGUUCACCAUAGACGUAUUUGUAUCGAACUGUAUAUUUCGUCAUUUUCAUUGUAAGUUUUCUUGUAUCAGGAACAAUUUUGAGUAACGUAAAACAUUUUCACGAUGGCUUCUUUAUUGAUGAGAAAAAAUUAUUUCUUCAGGGGGGGUGGGGGGGGUGGGUCUAUUAAAACCAAUGGAUAUACUUUGUUGUUUAAAUUCAUAUUUCAAAAAAGUAUUUAAAAAUAUCAGAAAUUAAUAUAUCCAUAUUUAUGGAAAGACGCAUUUUGAAAGGACACAAGUAAUUCCAGCGUUAAGAAACUCAGUUCGGUGCGAUCAUCAUCUUUCAAAGAUUUUGAUCAUCUAAAAACUUCUCAUUUGUACUAAAAUUUACCUAUGAUGCAAUCAGAAAAAAAACAAACAAUUUAUUCAUGUAUCUUAUUACUGUAUAUCAGAGUUUAUAAACUUCCACAAUAUCUGUCAUACUACUUGAUUUGAUAUCUUUUAAACUGUUUUAUUGCCAGUGCUGGGUUUAUUUACUUGUCAGGUACUCAAAACUCACAAAAAAUCUGUUAUUAGGGAGAUUUUGCAACCUUAUGAAAAUGAUAGCGAAUAAGUAAUUAUAAUUAUCAUUCGUGCCUCAAACAUUCUUGAUAAUAUGCUGUACAAGCUGAGUGUGAUCCUUGAUUUAUGCAGACGACAUGAAUCGCCUACGCUGAGACAGAUAUACUACUGUAGGGGAAGGAUUGUCUAAAAAUUUAAUGACGUAACCGUAUUCGUUAUCACUUUUGUAAGCUUGCGAAAACUCCCUAAUAUUUAAAACACUUCAGUAUUUUAAAAUGCUGAAACCAAAUAAUCCCAACACAGUAUAUUUUUGUCAUGGCUGUUUCACUUAAGAAUUUUCAUAGCUUAUAAAUGUCAUCAUCAUAGUUAUGCUAACUGUGAUUUUUGUUAUUGUAAAAUUAUUUUCCCAAAGAAAAUCUCACUAUUUUUACUAGUUUUGUAAUGCAUGUCACCUAUACUGAAGUUAACAUGUUAAAAAGUGAAUAUUAUUGAAUUGUUUUUAAGGCAUUUCUAAACCAUGCAUUCUUGCAACCAAAAUACAUAUACACUCAUACAAUUUUCAAUACCUUAUUAUAUUUUAAUAUUUAGAAACCAAAAAUGCCAUUUUUUAUAAACCAUGUGAUCAUAGUUCUAUGAUCUUAGUUCCUAUUAGGAGAUUAAUAAGCUGUGUUAGUUAUUCUUCAAGGUGUUACAAGAAAACAAUUUUUUUUUUAUACCAAAUACAGUAUUUCCCUCUGAUGGUUCCAAUAUACUUUUUCAAAAUUUAAAAAUAUUUUAUUGUAAGAUUUUAUUUGAAUGCAAGCUUUAUGUAUGUAUACAUUUUCAAAAGUGGCUGUUUUCUAUCCCAUAAUACUCAGUGGAAAUACCUAAUAAGAGUUUUGUGUACCUGACUUUUGAACUGGGGGAGUUUCACAUUCUUCAUAGCGAUGACAUUAUGAUGCAAUACAGGCUAAAUAAAGACUAAAAGAGAAAAAUUUA